GGAUUUUGAUCCUUGUUAAGGUAGAGUUAUUUCCCCUACGAUUCGUAUUCUGAUAGUAAACGCCGGUAUUGUAAAUAAUCAAAUCGAUAAAUGUGCUAGUGCCGCAGGGAUUUUAGCAAUUUUCGUAAAAAGCAAAAUAGUUCUCCAGGAGAAUGUGUCAACAGCUUUAACAAACAACUGUGAUCUGUUGACAUUGCAGCAGAUGACAAUGGAUAUUUCCAUGCAGCUUGUUGAGCAGCAGUGCAGCCGUUACCUGACCACAUUUGCCAACUGCCUUGACAAAUUCCCAGAGACCUGGCAUAUUGACUGUGAGAGGCAGAAAGUCAAGUUGGCAAAAUGCGCAGAAUCAGAGCCCAUAAUUGUAAAGAUCAAAACUGAGUGUCAGCAGCAAUUUCGGGAUUAUGAACGCUGUAUGAAUUCAAAUCCUGUUCAUCCUGAAUAUUGUCUGGAAGACUACAUGGCUUUUAACAGUUGUGCUGAGCAGCAUGUUGGACAGAAGAAAGCCACUUUCCAGGCUCCUACAAUAAGUGAACAACAAAAUUCCCAGAGAUAGCAGCUAGUGUUCUUGUAAUAUUUAUUUGCACAAAUGCUGAAAAAAGAAAGAAUAUACAUUUUAAAGGUGUGAACUAGUUUGGUAUUGGUUGUAUUUUAGCCACACGUGUUGUGACAUCUAAAGUCCAUAGAAUCCAUUGUUGUCUGCUGCUCUUCAGAUAUGUAACAAAACAAGAAAAAUAAUAUGUAGACUUAUGCUGUAAAUCAAGUCAUAGACUGUAUGUAGAUGUUCCAGUGACACAGCUGUUAAGUGCUUGCAACCUGUACAGUGAAGAUCAAGUGUCCUUGGUUUGGAUCCCAUCUUGGGCAUGCUGUACUUUCUCUGAAAGUGGCACCUGCUUACUUUGACAUGGUGUAACCUUAAAUGCUAGCACGAAGUUAAAGUCCCAUUCCUAAACUAAACUUCCCAUGUUCUGCUUUUUUCCCUUGCACAUCACAUAUUAACUGCGGUUUUAAAUGCUGCAAAAUCACAAAGACUUAAACCUUAACUGCAGCAAACACCAAGGUUUAGUUACAUCGUACCAUUAAUGCAUUGUGCAACAAACACUAUUACCCAGUGAGGUUAGGGAAUGGAGGAGGAUGUGACUGUAUUACUCAGGACUGUAAGGGAAGCCUGAAUGGCAAAGCUUGAGUACACUAAAAAAAAUCCAUGAAGCUGUAACCUUGUCAUUACAUAUCUUGUCAACUA